AUGGCCUCCCACCGCAUCGGCGCCCGCCUCUCUGGCCUCUCGCGAGAGCAGCUCGUCGCCUUCAUCGACGAGCAGGCGCCCCUCUGGAGCGCCGCCGCAAUGCGCGUGGCGGAGGAGCACGCCGCACGGCUCGUGGAGCAGCCCGAGUGGGUGCUCUCCGAGGUCCUCCUCUCGCCGGACCUCGCCCCGCACAUCCUCGCCGAGCUGCCGACCAAGGAGCACGCCGCCAAGGGCACGUGCCGCGCGUGGCGCCGCGGCUGGAAGGAGACGCUGAAGAAGCGCGAGAGGCCGCGCCUGCUCUUCGCCGUGACGGCACGCGUGACCGUGACGGUGUUUGACUAA